UUGAUCGACAUUUACUAAGGUAACUUUCCUGUUUUUUUUUUGUGCUUGUUCAUGUUUAAUUCAUUUUGGCACAAUAAUAAUUGACCAUGACGGGACAUGGGAAAUUGGCCUAGUGAAUAGAGGAAGUGACACCAGUAGUCGGAAAUAGUAUCAACGCCUUCUAGGUUUAGAGGUAUAUCUGCCAGUUUCAUACUGUAUGUACAGCUGAUUACAGGCUGUAAACAAUGCAACAGGGUAGCACUCAGCCAUCUAGUGAUGGAUGGAAGGAAGACAAAACCCUUGGCUCAGGAGGGUUUGGCACAGUAGUUUUGUGGAAGAACGAGGAAACAAAUGAAGCAGUUGCUAUCAAAAGGUGUAGAGUUCAAAAUGAAAUGACAGCAAAACAUCGUCAGCGAUGGACUUUGGAGGUAGAUAUAAUGAAACGUCUUGAUCACCCAAAUGUGAUUUCUGCAAGAGAAGUGCCACCAUCUUUGGAUGUGAAAGAAAAUGAACUGCCACUGCUAGCUAUGGAGUAUUGUGCUGGAGGUGAUCUGAGGAAGGUAUUAAAUAAACCGGAAAACUGCUGUGGACUAAAAGAGUAUGAGAUUCGUUGUUUGGUUGCGGAUAUAGCCUCAGCUGUUGAAUACCUCCAUGGAAAGAGGAUUAUCCACAGAGAUUUGAAGCCAGAGAACAUAGUGCUGAGUGUUGUAGAUGACAAGAUUGUGUACAAGCUGAUUGACCUUGGGUAUGCCAAAGAGUUGGACCAAGGCAGUGUGUGUACAUCGUUUGUUGGGACGUUGCAAUAUCUGGCUCCAGAGCUAUUUGCCAGUCAGAAGUACACCUGUACAGUAGACUACUGGUCGUUUGGGACAGUGGUGUUUGAAUGUAUUGCAGGCUACAGACCAUUCCUACCCACAACACCACCUGUUACAUGGCACAAGGAAGUUUGCCAAAAAUCACCAGAGGAUAUUUCUGCUUAUCAUGACAGUAAUGGCGAUGUCAAGUUUUCCAAGAAACUUCAAUAUCCAACUAGUCUUUGUAGAACACUCCAAGUGUAUUUUGAGAAAUGGCUGCAACUGAUGCUACGUUGGGACCCAAAGUCACGUGGUGGAGGUCUUAGAGAUGGGAGACCAAGUUGCUUUGACUUGUUGGAUACGAUGCUUAAUGUGAAGAUAAUCCACAUUCUGAACGUGGAAACUAACUACCUGUUGUCCUACCCUCUGAUGGAGGACUACUCUAUGCACCAGCUAAUGAACGUUAUUGAGCAGGAGACAUCAAUCCCAGUAAAGGAUCAGGACUUGCUUCUGGCCAGUGGUGCCAGUCCUGAACCUCAUCAGUCUGCCUCACAGUGCUGGACUAACCCUUGUGAAGAAGACUGGGUGGUGUUCCUUUUCAAGAAGGGAGGAUCAUCAGAGAUUCCAACUAAAUUCAAACCACUACCAACUCGUGUGCAAAACAUAGUGCGACACCCAACAACUCUUCUACCUUAUCCGGAGCAGAAAAAGGCUUGGGCUGAGUGUGUGUUUUACUGUGCUGAACAAGUAGUUGACUACAGACGUCUGAUCCUCAGUCAGCGAGCAGCUAUGCUCAGCCUGUUGCGAACAAAUUCAGAUUUUAUACGCCUGAAGUCAAAAAUGGUAAACGAGAGUGAUUACUUGAUGGCCAAGAUAAAAUUUUUCCAGCAGAGUUUGAGACACGACAUGGCAUGCUACAAGGACCAGAUGUCAGAUGGUAACCUCUCUGACUCUGGUGAAUUAUUUCAAAGAUGGCUUCAAAGUGGUGAAGACAUGAAUGAAUAUAGUGCAAUAAAAGAAGAGUGCAAUAGGCUUGACCAGCAGUCCACUGCCUUGCAGACCAAAAUUGUGGAGUUACAGAGAAGUCCUUUUGCACGGACAAACAGGAAUGUUGUCUUAGAAGAAAUGGAAAAGACUUCUCGGGAUUUGUACCAGGAAUUGAGACAGUCAGGCAGAGGAUCUGCAAAAGAAACCUUGAGGGAUCAUCGUCCUAUUGUGACUGCUGUAGUCAAGUGUGUGAUGAAUCGUGAUAAGAAUCUCCAGGAUUUGUACCGGCACCUUGUGAAGAUAGCUUCCUGUAAACAAGAGCUGUACCAAAUCUUACCAGGAAUUGAGAAGUGCUGUCGAGAUAUUAGUAGUGCUAAUGAGCAACUUAUAAAAUGUCAGAAGCGACGCCAGUCAGAAAUAUGGGGUCUCUUUAGAACCUCUGGAGCUGAAAUCAAUAGGCGUGGGAGUAGUAGUGGUCAGGCAAGCAUGUCUGUCUCAUUAAUUGUCAAUGAGUCACUAGAGUCCAUGCAAGUGGUUGAGGACUCCAAGGAAACACACAAAAGGCUUGGGCAGAUGCUACAGGAUGUUUUACAAGCUCAAAACGAUCUAACAUUAAAUCUGGAUUGGGAUUCAAUACCAUUGGCUGACACAUGACUACAUAGCCUAGAGGCAGGCUUCAAUGCACACUAAUAACUGAAUGAGUACACCCAGGACUUGGCUGUGUACGUACAUGAUGAAUCCAUCUUACAUAUUUCAUGCUUGAAGUAUAUACUCUAUACAGACAAAUUUUGAGUAGCCAUUUACAAUGUGAUAAACAUACAUGUAGCCAUUAACUUAU